CCUUCUGGUGGAAGGUCUGGGGUGGGUGGAGAGCGGGGCUCCCGGGCGCUGACGCGGGCAACACCAGACAGCUCCCAAGGGGGUAAGGAGCCACUGCUCCAUUCUUACUGAAGAAGACACAGGGUCGCUGGCAAACCACCACUCCUCCUCCCCCCAGCCUGCCCGCCCAGCUGCUUGCCCCUAGUGGUCAGGGCGUGGAACCCUUGCAGCUGUGGAUUUCUUCCCAUUCUGCUUAGGGUAAAGGCCAUGUCACCCCCUGGAAAAGGACCCCGGAAGGAGAACCUGGGGCUCCAGUGUGAGUGGGGGUCCUGUUCCUUUGUGUGCUCAGCCAUGGAGGAGUUCUUUGAGCACGUCACUCAGCACCUGCAGCAGCACAUGCAUGGUUCCAGAGAGGAGGAGGGAGAGGAGGAUGACAGUGACUUACUUGAAGAAGAAUUCUCCUGCCUGUGGCAGGAAUGUGGCUUUUGCUCUAUGGACAGUUCUGCUGACCUCAUCCGCCAUGUCUACUUCCACUGCUACCACACCAAGCUGAAACAGUGGGGGCUGCAGGCCCUGCAGAGCCAGGCUGACCUCAGCCCCUGCAUCCUGGACUUCCAGAGCCGGAACAUCAUCCCUGACAUCCCUGACCACUUCCUGUGUCUGUGGGAACAUUGUGAGAGCUCCUUCGACAACCCCGAGUGGUUCUACCGGCACGUGGAGGCACACAGCCUGUGCUGUGAAUACCAGGCGGUCGGCAAGGACAACCAUGUGGUGCUGUGUGGCUGGAAAGACUGUACCUGCACCUUCAAGGACCGCUGUAAGCUCCGCGAGCACCUGCGCAGCCACACCCAGGAGAAGGUGGUCGCCUGCCCCACUUGCGGGGGCAUGUUUGCCAACAACACCAAGUUCCUAGAUCACAUCCGUCGCCAGACCUCAUUGGAUCAGCAGCGUUUCCAGUGCUCCCACUGUUCAAAGAGAUUUGCCACCGAGCGGCUGCUACGGGACCACAUGCGCAACCACGUGAACCACUACAAGUGCCCUCUGUGUGACAUGACCUGCCCACUGCCGUCCUCCCUCCGCAACCACAUGCGCUUCCGGCACAGUGAGGACCGGCCCUUUAAAUGUGAUUGUUGUGACUACAGCUGCAAGAAUCUGAUUGACCUCCGGAAGCAUCUGGACACCCACAGCAAGGAGUCGGCCUACAGAUGUGACUUUGAGAAUUGCGAUUUCAGUGCUCGCUCGCUCAGCUCUAUCAAGUCCCAUUUUCGCAAAGUGCAUGAAGGAGACUCAGAACCAAGGUACAAAUGUCACGUGUGUGACAAAUGCUUCACACGCGGCAACAACCUCACUGUGCACCUUCGCAAGAAGCACCAGUUCAAGUGGCCCUCGGGGCACCCCCGUUUUCGAUACAAGGAACAUGAAGAUGGCUACAUGAGGCUGCAGCUGGUUCGCUAUGAGAGUGUGGAGCUGACGCAGCAGCUGCUGCGCCAGCCCCAAGAGGAAUCAGACCUAGAAGAGACACUGAAUGAGAGCAGCCUGCAGGGCAUCAUUCUAGAGACCGUGCUAGGGGAGUCAGGACUUAAGGAAGAGACGGAAGAGGAGAAUGGGGGUGUCAAGGGGACAGCCCACUCAACCUCUCAAGACAACCCCAGCCCUGUCAUUCACAUGGUGAAUCAGACCAGUGCCCAAGGCCAGCGAGAGAUUGUCUACUAUGUGCUGUCUGAAGCCCCGGGAGAGCCCCCACCCGCCUCUGAGCCACCUGCAGAAAGCGUCCUGGAGACCCUUCAAGGAAUACCUGAGGAGCCGGAGCUCCAGACCUUGUGAAGGCUGCGGAGCCCAGUUGUUCCUACCCCAGGCCUUGGGGUUUGAGCCAGGCAGAAGGCAGUGCCCCUGGGGGAACUGCCCUUGCCAAAUGAUGACUCUAGAAGAGGUGCUGAGAGCAGCGUGGUCCCCCCGGCCCAGGCUUGCAUCCGUCUGAAAACUCUGAGGGGUUCCUUCCCCUGCUUUUUUUCCACACUGCAUUUUUGUGGAGAUCCUGAAGCAUUCAGAUUCUUUGAGGGGAUUGUGAAUGUGUGUGUUCUUACCCAUAAUCCCCUUGACAUGCUAGACAACAAUUAAGUCCUAUAUCAACUUGCAUCCAUUCUCUUCUUUGGGGGGGUCUGUACGUUUAAGGAUGAUGCAUGAUUCGUCCUGCAAGGACACUUUCCUCCCCGCCAGCACAGGCAUUGAGAAUCAUGCAGCCAUUUCUCUCUUAAGGGUUCUUGGACGUUUGUGACUAUCCUCAGGGACAGGAUUGGAAGCGAGUAUAUGUGUGACUAUUGUUUUUGGUAAUAAAAGAAUCAGUUGG